AUGACUUCAAGCACCCUGUUCAUGUCACCCGAGGAAUCAGCCCGUAUCCAGACAACCGUCUGCGAUAGACUGAAGUAUCGGAAAGAACGAAUGGGGCGAGCAAGAGAACACAAAGACGCCAAAGACUUGAUUGAACAAGCAGUAUCGACAUCUUUGAUGCAAGACAUCUCUUCUACAGCAUUUGGACUUGGUGCGUCAAGGAAAACCAAGGAAACAAUGCCAGCGUAUGGUGUUGGUGAUCCAUACCUACCUUGCAUAAAGAAGCUCAAUGAUCUUGAACCAAUGCACCUAAAUGGCCUACGCAUUGAGUCACACCACAGAGGCUUUUUUCUCUACUUGCGCCGUGUCUCUCCAGUAGCUAUCCUCGAAACAUCGUCGUGGGCUGUUGUACAAGAUAGGUCCUCUAGUGAUGUCGAGCGUAUUGAGCUGUUCUUGCACAAAUCUCAACAUGGCCACGACAUUUUGGAUACAGCCUACGAGAUUAUUGUCAAAGAGCCUUACUACACACUCAACAGUCGGGGAGAGUCUACUAUACAAGUGACCCAUCCGUCAGAUCUGAUCGUCACGGAAAUAAGCGACAAUCCUGAGUCAUGGCGACAAAAACCAAACGGUGCAUCUUCACAUGAACGCCUCCCACCCGAAGCAUAUAAAGAGAAAGGUAACCAUGCUCUCUUGAAGAAGAAGGAUCUCUCACUCGCCCACUUCUACUACACCCAAGGAUUAAAGCGACUCUCUGAUAGCAAGUCAGACGAGACCCUACAAAACGAUAUAUACAGGAACAGAUCCUAUGUCAACUUACAACUACAGAGGUUUGACGAAGCAAAGUCUGAUGCCUUGUCUUCCAUUACACACAAUCAAAGGGGUGGCCUUAAUAGUCUCAACGCAAAAGCCUAUAAUCGAGCAGGUCUAGCCGCUUACGUUCAGGGCGAAUUCAUAGUUGCCAGAUCGUACUUUGAACAACAAGCGAGGCUCCAGCCUGAUGACCAGCAUGUGAAACUGCAUAUGAAAAGGACCGAUAUCAGACUUCGAGAAGGUGCAAACGGCGUCUAUAACAUGAGCAAAAUCGUCAGCUCACUCACGAAGACUGGAGGAAGGCCUGACGUUGCGUCGUUCAAUGGGUCUACCGAGAUCAAGCCUAGUCCUGGCGCUGGCCGUGGCCUCUUCACUACGAGGGAUAUAAGUCUAAAUGAAAAUAUUAUGUGUGAGAAGGCUUUUUCUGUGGCCUGGAGCCACGAGCCUGAGACCUUUAGCGCUUUAGUAUGCGAUACUCGAAAAGACGCUGCUAUCGAAGUCUUCCCGGCAGGUUUACACAAAGCUGUUGUUCAAAAGCUACUCAACAACCCUUCCCAAGUUGAAAGGAUCCUAGGUUUACAUGGCAACCAUGAGGGCACUGGGCAGAAACUAAUCGAAGUCGAUGAUGUCCCUGUCGUUGAUACCUUUCAAAUUCAUGAUAUUGUCCAGCACAACGCAUUUGGGUUAGGGCAGCAAACGGAAGACGAAGACAUCAGCAAUGCAAGCACGGGUCUAUGGGUCCGAGCAUCGUACAUCAAUCACUCAUGCAUACCCAACGCAAAGAAAGAUUUUAUUGGCGAUCUUAUACUCUUCCGUGCUACGAGAGGGAUAGCAUCCGGCGAGGAGAUCACCCAUACCUAUGACGAGUCAACCAGUUACGAAGCGAGGCAGACUGCUUUUCGUAAGACGUGGAACUUCGAGUGUCGGUGUCCGCUCUGUAUUGUACAAAAGGAAGAGAGCGACACCUUACAACGGUUGAGGAUCCAGGCUGAGGAUAAAGCGAAUAGGUUCGCAGAAAGCAAUGACCCAGCCUGUGCAAGCAGGGUACUGGUCAGAAAGGGGAAAAUGUUGCGAAAGGCAUUGGAGGAGACGUAUGAUGAACAACGAUAUAGAGGCUUACCACGUCCGUCACUUGCGACGAUAGAUGAGUGGCUCCGUAUUUCCAGUUAUAGGUAG